GCUGCAGCGGCUCGCCUGCAAUCACUGCGCCAGGAAUCAAACCCUCCAAAAUCCUCAAUCUAUCGCUGCAAGAAGAGCAGCAAACGAACCUGUUUUCCUCGCAGUCACAUCACGCUUCGUCUGCCCGACAACUGACCUUUUGUGCUCAGUUCCGAUGAUUAAUUCGUGUUAGUGCGUCUCGUCUAGCGCACACUGAGGUCACUAAGUCACAUAUGAUGCACAUGCGAACGAACUGAAACGCUACUGACGCGAUUAUUUCUCACCGCGAUCAUUUAAAGCCGCAGAGAUGUCAGUCGCGUCUGUCCAGUGCCUGAUGUUGGGUUCAGUUUUCCUGGUUUUGGUGUGUGCCGAGGUUCUGAGCGCUGGUCCAGCGCUCCUACCCAACCCUCUCCGCUCCCACGGGCCAGUUCUGGAUGUUCCCGAAGGCUUUAAGGAACACGAUGAGGUCUCGAGGGAUCGCAGGCCUGGCUUCAUGGAGAGUUCUCAGGAGAGCUCUGGAUUCUUCAGCGAAGACAGCGAGGAUGGCAAGAACACUCAAAUCGAGACCAAAGACAGCGGUGUUGACCUAAGUGCCAUGAAUGAGCGCUGUCUGAUGCCCAAGAAGGUGGGACCUUGUCGUGGGGCGAUCCCUCGCUGGCACUUUAACCCCGUCACUAAAAAGUGCGAAAACUUCAUAUUUGGGGGCUGCAGAGAGAAUCGCAAUAACUUCCUGUCACUGGAGGAGUGUGCCAAAGCUUGCCACACAGUCUCUGAUUACAGCCCUUCAUCCCCAGAACCACCAUCUUCACCACUUUCUCUGAGCCAAAAGCCCAUUGUGACGAACCUCUCUUCCUCAUUGUUUGUCCCUACGACUGAGUCCGUGGACCCGGAGCGGUGGGAGAGUGAUUCAGAAUCGAGUGGCUUCCCUCUGCACCCCUCCCCGGGGCCGUCAAUCGCAGGUGCCCAAGACCACGCCUACUCCACUGCCACGCCCCACCUCCUUGGACUCGCACGUCAGAACCAGCCAGCUGGGCAUGACAGGCGUCUGACAUCCGACGACCCGUUUGAUGACGAGAGGGGCCGUGAGGUAACACAAGCGCCCACGGCUCCUGAAAUCGGCCCCCUGCCCAGCCGGGAGCCCCUGCAGCCUGACAAACCACACCUGGAUGAUUCUGAGGAAGAGGAGGACGAGGAAGAGUUGGUGGUUUUCCCCACCGCACUGGAUGAGGAGGAAGAGGACGAAUGGCGGUACCUCACGCCGCUCACAACCGGACCCUCAUCCUCCCCCACUUCAGACCUGCCGCCUGUGGUCUUCACCGAAACUGCCUGGCAGGGGGCGCCGCUCACCACAAUGGAGGAUGAGGAGGGGGCGGAGCUUCGUCACGGCGGCACCGAAUAUCUCGCCGAAACGGAGCUUCAUGACUCAGAGCUGUCCCAGGAGGCCGAGCAGGUGAUUUGCGUCGACUGGAGCAACCUCGCAGGAAAGGGCUACGUUAUACUCAACAUGACAGACAACUUGGACUGUGAUGAGUUUCGUAUGGAGAGCGGCGACAGACUCCUGGAGAUGGUGGAAAACACUUUCUCCAGAAAGAUGAACAUCCCACAAGGCUCCUGGCUCAUUUUCCUCAGCAAACCCACACAGCAGGACCACCAGCUGCUGAUGGCCUUAGCCAGCGAGCAGGAAAUUAUCCCUCCAAAAGACGUCCUGCCAAUGCUGGGGGAAAUCAGAAGAGGUCUAUACGAGAUUGGAAUUCAGAAUUAUUCGACCGUGAACACGUGCCACUCGAGGCCCAGUCAGACCCGCAGCGACUACGGGAAGCUGUUUGUGGUUCUAGUGAUCAUCGGAUCGGUUUGCGUGCUCAUUAUUGCUUCUGGAAUCAUCUAUAUCUGCUGGCAGCGUCGUUUACCCAAACUCAAAAACAUGUCGAGAGGCGAAGAACUUAACUUUGUGGAGAACGGUUGCCAUGACAACCCUACACUGGACGUAACCAGCGACAGCCAAUCAGAGAUGCAGGAGAAGAAACACAGCGCCAAUGGGGUGGCGGCGGGCGGGGACGGGGGAAACGGUUGGCAGGUGCUCGUCAAUAAGCCCGGGAAAGAUGAAGAAGACAACCAGGAGGAAGACACGCACCUUUAAUCCCGGGAAAAACAAUCAGAAAAAACGGCAUGGGAAAGCAGAAUCGCAUUACAGACUAUGAAGGCACAAAACAUUUUCAAGCUUUUUCAAAACAUCUGCUCUAUAAAAUGUGAUGUCUUUUGGCUUGUAUAACGUUUUUCUUUAUCUGCAUUACUAAAUUCAGACGGACUAAAAAGUGCUUUAAAAUGCGACUUGUAUGAUAUAUGACAAUUUUCAGUGCAGAU